ACAAGACAUGAUUUAAUCAUGUUGCCUGAAAUUGCAUAGUGCCUAAAACCCAUAACUGGCUAUUGGACCCCCUCCCCCCCGCGCAGGCGCAAACUAUCCACGGCAAAGCAAACCAAGAUGGCGGCUGUUGUUGAGAAUGUUGUCAAACUGCUCGGAGAGCAGUACUACAGAGAUGCCAUGGAGCAGUGCCAUAACUACAACGCCCGGCUAUGUGCCGAGAGGAGUGUCCGAAUGCCCUUCCUGGACUCUCAGACUGGAGUGGCGCAGAGCAACUGUUACAUUUGGAUGGAGAAGAGACACAGGGGACCAGGCGUGGCCCCAGGACAGUUGUACACCUACCCAUCCCGCAGGUGGAGGAAGAAACGACGAUCCCACCCCCCAGAGGAUCCCCGACUCGUCUUCCCUCCUCUAAAGUCAGAGCUGGACUUGGGGUUAAAGAAGGAUUCCCUGUCCUCUGAUGGCAGCAGUCUGGAGGCCCUGCUGAAGGGAGAACCCCUGGACAAACGGGUUCCUCCGGAGCUCCGAGGGCCUGAGGAGGAGUCCAGUCUGACAGACUACACUGGUGGGGCGGUCACCCCUGCAGCACGCGUCAGAAAGAGAGUCCUGGAGCCAGAUGACUUCCUGGAUGACUUGGAGGAUGAGGACUAUGAGGAGGACACCCCAAAAAGAAGAGGGAAAGGAAAGGGAAAGUGUCGUGGAGUAAGCAGUGCCAAGAAGAAGCUGGACGCUGCGGCGGCUGCGCUGGAGGACAAGGACAAGCCCUACUCCUGUGACAACACUUUCAAACAAAAGCAUAUUUCAAAACCUUCUGAAAGAGUCUGUGGGAAGCGUUACAAGAAUCGUCCGGGCCUGAGCUACCACUACACCCACUCCCACCUGGCUGAGGAGGAGGGAGAGGACAAGGAGGAGCCUGAGGUCCACACCCCCAUUCCGCCCCAGCCUGAGGAGCCUAAGACACCCAAGAAAGGUCCAGAUGGUUUGGCGAUACCCAAUAACUACUGUGACUUCUGCCUGGGAGACUCUGCCCUCAACCAGAAGACGGGCCAGUCAGAGGCACUGCAGUCCUGCUCAGACUGUGGACGUUCAGGCCACCCGUCCUGCCUGCAGUUCACCCCCGUGAUGAUGGCUGCAGUGAAGACCUACCGCUGGCAGUGCAUCGAGUGCAAGUGCUGCAACAUCUGUGGCACCUCAGAGAACGACGACCAGCUUCUCUUCUGUGAUGACUGUGAUAGAGGCUAUCAUAUGUACUGUCUCAGCCCCCCUAUGGCUGAACCUCCAGAAGGGAGCUGGAGCUGCCAUCUGUGUCUGGACCUAUUGAAAGACAAGGCGUCAAUAUACCAGACCCGUAAUGUCCCUCCGUCGUGAUGGACCCCCAUCCUCACAUACAACCCUCCCUCCACAGUGAGGUUCUUUCUCUGUGGUCAGUUGAGCGGCGGGGGUGGGACAGAUGACUUGUGAAAAGGGAAACGUACCCCCCCCCCCCCCGCUGAAACACGCUUAGGUUUGGUUGUUCUAUGACUGUUACACAGUUCCAAGCUCAAGUGACCCAUGUAGGCUUUUGUUUUCAACUAUUUGUCAAUAUAUCAAACUCAAUGUGUAAUAUCCUGAACUUGACAAUACAUCAAGUAUGUUUCUUUUAAAAGUGGCUUAAACCACAAACACAGCUUUUACCAGCCAAAGUACACACAAUCUCACACACACACAUACAGUGCAAUCAGAAAGUAUUCAGACCCCUUCACUUUUUCCACAUUUUGUUACAGCCUUAUUCUAAAAUUGAUUUAAAAAAUAAAUUUUCCUCAUCGAUCUACA